GGGCGGGCGCCGGGCAGCACAGGGUUACUGGAAGCGUACAUCUGUGUAUCUGUGACAAUGUUUUUUGUAAAAAAAAACUGCGUUAGAACAGACUGAACUAGAGGUCGUAAGUUACUUUUUGGAAUAUUUGUCUCUGUUGACCGUAUGACUGCUGGAGUUCGAGGCUGCUUCGCCCUCCUGAAAAACAAGUGCUUUUAAUAACUUCACUUAGGGCACCCGAAUGGCGCCAGUGUAAUUGCCAAUUACACGUGAUAACGGAGAAGGUACUUGGGGCGGGGGUAGUGCUUUUCAGAUGGGCCUUUCGCUUAUCUGUAUUCUGUAAAUUGAGUUGGAUCCCGGUGAGUUCUGCAGUUGACUUGUGGCUGCUGGGGAAGGAUCUGGCUGUGUGACAGCGCCGCCCAUUUUUACCUCUUGCCUUCCUUGUAGCCCUUCAGCAAAGUUUCUGCUGCUGACAUCUCCAUCUCUGGCUGAUCUCUGAAGUUGUGUCCCCCAACUAAUAUGCCCCCUUUCGUUCCUUAUCUCCAUUCUCUCCCUAGGUGGUCUUGGUUGAACUCUAGGUUUUAAGUAACUUGUGUGGGGGCGGGGUGCCUAAUUAUUGUUCCCAGCGUUGGGCGCACGGCCUGUCAUGGAGAUACCUGACCUGCUCUGCUCCUCUAACCUGUUCUUCUCCCAGUCUUCCCUCCUUGUUUGUGGUCCCAGCCUCCAAGGCUGCAAUCUUGAAACCUCUGAUCUCUGAUUGUCCUCAGUUCUUCCCUUCCUUUUGUCCUUUCACAUUAGGUCUAGCAGUAGCCAUUGACUCUGUGGCCACAGCUUCUUAAUGUGGGGUGUUUCCAGUUUCUUCUGCUUUCCUCUCUGGAGCAUCACUUUUCUGGACUUGGCUCAGCUCUUGCCACCCAACAUUUAUUCCAUUGUCAGCCAGGAAGCCAGAGCCAAUUUUAAUUUUUUUUAAUUUGUUGAAACAAAUUAGCUCAUUCUGUGCUGUGUACAAAUAUCCACGAUGUAUAUAUAAAUGACAGAAUGUGACAUUAGCCAGUGCUGUGUCAGCACCACCUCCAGAGCCCAGGUAGUGCUCCAGGAGCUAUUACUGCUGCUUCUGUGACCUCCACCUUCCCACCCUCCUCCCACAGGAUGCUGCACUUGCAAGAAAUAAAUCAGAAUGAGUUAUGCAGAAAAGCCCGAUGAAAUCACAAAAGAUGAGUGGAUGGAAAAGCUCAAUAACUUACAUGUCCAGCGAGCAGACAUGAAUCGACUCAUCAUGAACUACCUGGUCACAGAGGGCUUUAAGGAAGCAGCAGAAAAAUUUCGAAUGGAAUCUGGAAUUGAACCGAGUGUGGAUCUAGAAACACUUGAUGAACGGAUCAAGAUUCGGGAGAUGAUUCUGAAGGGUCAGAUUCAAGAGGCCAUCGCCUUGAUCAACAGCCUCCAUCCAGAGCUCCUGGACACAAACCGGUAUCUUUACUUUCAUCUGCAGCAACAGCAUUUGAUCGAGCUGAUCCGCCAGCGUGAGACUGAGGCAGCGCUGGAGUUUGCCCAGACACAGCUGGCAGAGCAGGGCGAGGAGAGCAGAGAGUGCCUCACAGAGAUGGAGCGCACCCUGGCCCUGCUGGCCUUUGAUAGCCCUGAAGAGUCACCCUUUGGAGACCUUCUCCACAUGAUGCAGAGGCAAAAGGUGUGGAGUGAAGUUAACCAAGCUGUUCUAGAUUAUGAGAAUCGUGAGUCAACGCCCAAGCUGGCAAAAUUACUGAAACUACUACUUUGGGCUCAGAACGAGCUGGACCAGAAGAAAGUAAAAUAUCCAAAAAUGACAGACCUCAGCAAGGGUGUGAUCGAGGAGCCCAAGUAGAGCUGGUGCGGGCAGAUGCACGGUUGUGAUGGCCCAGGACUCGCCUCCCCUCAGACUGACUGAAAGAUUUUCACUGCAGUAAAGACCCCUUCACCCCUUGUACUUUUUUUUUACCCAGAAUCUUCUUUUUAAAGAGAAUGUGUUCCUUUUAAAUGCUGGCAAACCCACGUGAAAGACGUUUUCGAAGUCUGAGCUGUCUAUGCACUAUAGUACAUCCUAAGGAUUUGGACACGUUGCUGGUUACUACCCCAGUGCUCCCCAGUGUUUCUGACUCCUGAGGGUUUACCUGGUCACUGAGUGCUGCAUUAUGAGGGAAUAUCAGUUAACUCAAGACCUCCCUUUCAGAGUACAUGAAGAGCAC